AUGGAGGAGGUGCAUGUGCACGGCGUGGAGGAGGUGCAUGUGCACGGCGUGGAGGAAGUGCAUGUGCACGGCGUGGAGGAGGUGCAUGUGCACGGCGUGGAGGAGGUGCAUGUGCACGGCGUGGAGGAGGUGCAUGUGCACGGCGUGGAGGAAGUGCAUGUGCACGGCGUGGAGGAGGUGCAUGUGCACGGCGUGGAGGAAGUGCAUGUGCACGGCAUGGAGGAGGUCCAUGUGCACGGCGUGGAGGAGGUCCAUGUGCACGGCGUGGAGGAGGUGCAUGUGCACGGCGUGGAGGAGGUGCAUGUGCACGGCAUGGAGGAAGUGCAUGUGCACGGCGUGGAGGAGGUGCAUGUGCACGGCGUGGAGGAGGUGCAUGUGCACGGCGUGGAGGAGGUGCAUGUGCACGGCAUGGAGGAGGUGCAUGUGCACGGCGUGGAGGAAGUGCAUGUGCACGGCGUGGAGGAAGUGCAUGUGCAUGGCGUGGAGGAAGUGCAUGUGCACGGCGUGGAGGAAGUGCAUGUGCACGGCGUGGAGGGAGUGCAUGUGCACGGCGUGGAGGAGGUGCAUGUGCACGGCGUGGAGGAGGUGCAUGUGCACGGCGUGGAGGAAGUGCAUGUGCACGGCGUGGAGGAAGUGCAUGUGCACGGCGUGGAGGAAGUGCAUGUGCACGGCGUGGAGGAAGUGCAUGUGCAUGGCGUGGAGAGGGCUGAAACCUCACAAACCAAGGCCACCGGACACUUGCUUGGGAAUCUUAGACUCACUGACCUGGAUUCAGACCCUUCCCAGCCCUUCCAGUGUCAGCAGACUCUGCUGGACCUCAUGUGA